AGGGAUUUUCUCCACACAGGUGGAAAGAAGGAUAUUUCUGACUCCAAUAAACCAACAUGAGGAUGUGCAGUUUUACAAGAGUUGCAUUUGUUUUUGCAUUCGGCUUGUGUGUCCAAGGUUACACCAUUUAUACUAAACCAGCUCAGCCAGGCUGUCCAGACAUAAAGGGGAAGGUUGGUGUGUGUGCUGAACUCUGUUCCUGCGACAGUGACUGCCGACAUGGUGAGAAAUGCUGCUCCAACGGAUGCGGGCACGAGUGCAUGUCAACAAACCCAGAUAAGCCAGGUGGCUGCGGUCCUCCGUGGUUCUCUUUCUUAUGCGGUCACCCCUGCCACCAUGACAGUGACUGCCCUGGGCAGAAAAAGUGCUGUCCCACCCUUUGCAGCUAUACCUGCCAAGAGCCAUACCAGCCACACUGCUCCUGAGCGCCACAGAUCCAGUUUCAUAAAAAAAAAUGAAAUACAAUAAAAAAAUUAAAGUAAUAAUAAUUCUCGAUUAAACAUGCUAAUGAUUUGUAUGUGUCAGUGUUUGAGUUGUUUUUUUCACACUUUUACUUUAAAAUGCUCAACAAAAAAAAUAGAUUAAUAAGAUUGUUUUAUGUCACAACAUGUCAUAUUUUACAUCCAUUUACAUACAUCAUAAUAGAAAUCUGUUAGGUAAU